CGAAUCUUCAGCGCCAAGUCACGUCAACAUACACCGCCACAUGGUUUACCAUUAUUGUUUUUUGUUCUCGGUUGUUUUUAAAAAUGCAAGCAUACGAGAUAUCGAUGUCAGGAAUAUUAAAAAGAAAGGACGUUUAAAGGAAAUUUAUGUCAAUGAAAAAAUAUUUUCUUUAAAUGCAAGUUCGAAAGGUUAUUUUGAUAAACAGUUACUAUGCUUAUUUUUAAUGUUCAGUGCAAAUUGCUCAAUUGUGUUCUGCCUGUUACCAAUGACAACGGCAUUCUAUCCAUCAUGGCACUACAGAUACACGCAUGGUUGGUAGGUAGUAAACAUCAGAAGCCAGCCAACUUUGAUGGCGUUUGGCUUGCAUUUUGACAAAAAGGGUUAAACAAGAAUUAAAAAAAUAUGGCAAGUGUUGACAAUAAAACUGCCCGCAUCAAAGUAAACUCUACAUGCGAAACAGCCGAUGUUCAGCAUAAAUUAGAAAUGCAUAGGCUAAAAAAGAAAAGGGAAAUCAGAACAUUUCAGUAUGAGAAUUAUUGCAAAAUGUAUUAUGGUUCACCUAAAGAAAAAGAACUUCUAAAAAGUGAACAUCGCCACGCUUUACUUUGUCAGCAAAAACAGAAGGAAUUGAUGAGAAAAGAAGCAUUUAAGAGUAAAGUGCAGGAAAGCCAAAAUGCUGUAGCGCAUGAUUUGUCCUACCAAGAAAUGGACAGUAAGCAACAACAAGCAAGACUGCUAUAUUUACGAACUUUUCGAGAUCAAAAUAAAAUGUUGAUGGAAAGCAGAGCUGCUCAUUUGCGAGAGAAGCAAAAUGAAGAAAACAGGAAAGAAAGAGAACUUCUAAAAUACAACCCAAUCAAUUGGAGCAAAACGCUUGUAUGAAUGACUAGAUAAAAAAACAAAUUCAAACAACAACUUAUUUUUUGAGAUAUUUAUUUUUUGAGAUAUUUAUUUUUUGAGAUAUUUAUUUAUUUAUUUGGUUAUUUUUUUUGUUUUACAUUAUUUAUGGCUGUAAUUUUACUUUUCAUUGACACGAAAAAUACCUCCAACGUGAUUUGCUAAGAGAAGGAACAGGUAUAAUAUUUUAUUUUCUACAUGAAAAAAAUGGCUGCGCAAAAUUUUCAGAAACCUGGGUAGAAAGAGAAAAAAUAAUGUAUAAUUUUAAUAAUACGGGCAAACUUUAGACAAUCUCGCAUACGAUUUGUUUUUUUAAUUUCAUCUGUCUGUCUCUGAUAUGGUAGUGUGAUUUUACUGUUCAUAAUUUUUCUGCGGCGACAUCAACAUUAAAAAAAUGACGUAUGUAUAAUUAUUUCAACUAUAUCUAGGAAACCAAGAAUUUUUUUUAUAAAAAAGGAUUGUUAGCGUGUUUUUAAGCUCUACAUAAAAGUUUUUUUUUCACGAAAGGUAACCUUUAUUUUUGAAACAUUUCCAGGACAAUAAUGUUGCAUGAAAUAGUUAUCUUGAAUCUUAAGUAGUUUCUGCGAAGAAGCAAGUUGGCUUCAUAUUAAACAGCUUGGAAAGUUGUUAAUAAAUCUUUUUUUAUUUUCUAUUUGCAAUGUGUUUAUUUAAGAGGUUAUCACGGUAUGUGGUGAUGUAAGUAUGCUUUCACCUAUCCAAUUUGAUAUUUUAAACAUAUUGACAUGAAUAUUAUUACUUAGUUAUCCUUAUCAUUCAUACCAGCAAUGAUCCUGAGUAUCUAAUCAAUGAUGUCAUAAUUCUGCAUAAUUAGCUCAAGCUGUUUUAUAUAAAAUCAACGUAGGAGGUAACUUUAAUAAUGAUCACGAAUCUCAGAAUAAUGAUUAUUUACUAGUGCGUAGAUUUAUCAAAGCUUUCAAAUAAAAUGUUAAUUCAACUGUACUGAUCCACCCAAAAGUUUAUAAAAAUUGAUUAGCAUUGUGAAAGCUAUUUGUAGCAAAGGAGAAUGUUUUUAUAGUGCAAAAAUAUAAUGUAUGCAGUAUACAUUAUACAGUUUGUUUAUGGAGUAUAUUGUAACAAUAUUAUAAUGUUAUUGUUUAUACUGAUGACAUUAAGUGGGGAAUUAUCGUAAAUAUUUUUAUCAAAUCAAUUGGUGGCAUCAAUUACGUAUGUAACACUGCAGGAUUUUGUAAUAUUUGUGUAGUAUUGCUUAUGAACUGUGGAAAAAUGUCAUUCAGUUC